ACACUUCAGCACACUGCUUCAAGAUGAAGGUACUCAUUCUUCUUUCCGUCGUUGCCUUGUGCAGCUGCUUGCCAGCAUCUAGAAAUCAACAAUACGUUGAUGUCGAUGUAGACUACAACAGAUAUAACACUCAUCCUGUCUACAACUUCUGGAAGACUUGGAAUCAGCAACAUUAUGGACAAGAACCAUGGAACCAAUGGGUAGAAUAUGGUGUCCGUAGCCAACCUGGUAACUACUGGAGGCAGUACGUUCAAGGCAGCAAUCAAGCUGAGAAUGUCGUUUUGCCUUGGAUGUAUCACUCUUGGGAUGUCCAAGAUAUUCAAGACCUAUCACCAGUUCAACGUGUACAGUUGCUACUCAACUAUGUAAGACUUCACCAACAAUGGAACCAAUGGAGUCAUGAUGUAACUGACAAUGAACGUCUUCAGAAUAUGUUGUAUCAACAUCUUCCUGAACAAGUAUGGGACUCCAACGAACAAAUUGUACCAUACAUCAUGCACUACUUUAACCAAAAUCCAAUGAAAUACAACGACAUUAUGCAUGAAGUAAUGCAAACUCCAUGGGUACAUCAAAAACUUAUUUUCCACGUUAUGUCUGAAUUAUAUCAACAUUUCGGUCAAGCUCCAUGGUCCCAUGAACAAAUCCUUAACCAGAUUAUGCAGCACCAAUAUCUCUACGGUACAACCUUAUCGCAACAACAACUCGAACAAUUGGUAGAAUUCGUACUCCACAUUCAAUACAAACUUACUCCUUUACAUUACCAACAACUUGUCCAUGUUCAACCUUGGAACCACGAACAAGUACUUCCAUGGAACCAAGAACAAGUACUCCCAUGGACCCACGUACAAGUUCUUCCUUGGAACCACGAAACCAUCCAACAAAGAUAUGAACAUGUUCAACCACAAGUUUACCAACAAUAUCGUUCAUGGAACUAUGAAAACGUUUUACCAUGGACUCGCCGAUCUUCUCUACAAAACAACAUGAACCUAGAAUCCCAAUACAACUACAAUCUCCACCAACAACAGAUGCCAUGGUCUCAAUAUUGGAACCAGAAAUAUGUACAACAAUACCCACAACAUUGGGAAGCCAUGGAACAACCCGGAUGGUGGAACCAACAAUGGACUCAAAACUUGGUUGGACAAGAGCAUCAUUAUCCUCUCUUGGAGCAGCAUAUGCCCUUAGUAUAUUAAAAAGUAUUUUUGUCUAACUAUAUGAAUUAAAAC